AUGGGGGAUGUGCAGCUUGUGACUACAACGCGGAUCUCCAAGACCAGCUUGACAUUAGGCCGAGGUUCUCCAAGACAGGAGUCUCCAACCUUUACUCUCCCACCCCGCAAUGCCCGGGUCAGCCCAGGAGGGACAGCACGCCUUGAUGGGAAGGUAGGAAUCUCUCUCUCAAAAUGCCUGUCCCAAAUCGCUCCCUAUAUCCCUUCCCCUUACAUUUUACAUUUUAGUCAUUUAGCAGAUGCUCUUAUCCAGAGCGACUUACAGUUAGUGAGUGCAUAAUUUGUUUUUCUUCAUACUGGCCCCCCGUGGGAAUCGAACCCACAACCCUGGCGUUGCAAGCGCCAUGCUCUACCAACUGAGCCUAUCUCCUUGAUGUUAGCAUUUCUGAAUAGGUAUAACCAGUGUAGUGGUAAGGCUUCCACCAUAUCUGCAAACAUUGAAGGAUUAGGGCCAUAAGGAGGAGUAGGGAUCGAAUUGUGAAUGGACCAAAAUGUCAUUAUAUCAGUUUAUUUUCAACCCACCCGAGUGUGCGUGAGCUGUGCAUGUUGCGUUGUGUUUAGAGUAGAGGUGCUGAAGUGGACUUUGUUGCCCUUGGGUCAAGGCCUUGUGUUGACCCCACACCUCCUGUUAGCAAGACUCCUACUGUGCUGUUCACUGUGCUCUCCUUGGCAUCCCUCUCUGGGCAUCACUGUCUGUUUGGACUUGGGACCAAUCCCAAAUCGACCCCUACGCCCUAUGGAGAUAAGUAAUAUGGUGAAACCUCCACCUAGCCUAUAAGAGGGGCAAGGUGGACAUAUUCCCAUAUUACUAACACCUGUCAUAGCCUUUCAUAUCUUCACAAGUGCAUAGGGUUUAGGGUUUGAUUUGGGAUAGGGCAUCAGUCUCUGCUUAUCAGCUCACUCAAUAUGGUCAUGGGUGAGCAACCAGGCUUUGCAAAAAACAAAAAAACUAAACAGCUGUUUGAGAAUGCUUAUCCCAACAAUACUUGAGGCUGACAGAGAGGACUGUCAAGUCUUGAUUUAUCGCAAAGGUCCUUUUGGCGAAGACUGCUUCAAUUUCCAUUUUCCAUAUGAUUAAUGCAUGGUGACUUGUUAUCCUAGCAAAGAAGUCUUUGCCCAAAAAUGUUUUGAAGUUAUCCAAACAGAUUCGUAGGCUUUUAAAAAUACAUUAAAAAAAUUAGAUAAGAGUGUUGAUCGGGAUUAAGUUAGAGGUUUAUCAUGGGUGAAAUGCUAGUCAGGAAGAAUAAUAUAAUUUAUGCCAUUUAGCAAACGCUUUUAUCCAAAGCAUCUUAGUCAUGCGAGCAUAAAUGUUCAUAAUGGGUGGCCCCAGUGCGAAUCGAACCCACUAUCCUGGAAGUGCAAGUGCCGAACUAUACACAGGACCGCAAUGCAUUUCUCCAAUACAUUUUAAUUCGUAACUAUAUCUCAAGAGUGUAGGUCAUUUGUUUUGUAGCCUUGAUUUGUUACCCCCCCAAAAUGCAUGAUUUAAAUGUUACGCUGUCCACUGCACAUGUCAACAUGGCCAGUCAGUCAAGCUAGAUAGACUAUCUACAGUGGCUUUGCUCUGUGUUUGGAACCCUUUCAUCAUGUCCCCUUGUCAUGUUUUGACAACCCCCAGAGGGUCGGCUCUGCUCCUCAGAUGCCCCGAUCUCAGUUCCUGUCAAGUCUCCCCACUGCCUUCCAUGUAAAAGGGAUAGUUCACACAUAAAAAAAUGACAUUGUAAGUAAACCAAUGUAAGCAGGCAAUGGAUAAGGUAUGGCUGCAAUCAAUGUUUGGUUUUGUUUACCUUACUGCUGUCUUCAAAUGCUAAUGCUUUGAAUUAGUCAUUUUUAAAGGGGAAAUUCAGAAUUGUACAACUUCAUGUUAUAUGGUUCCUCACCCUGAAAGUAGUCUAUGGGCCAGGAGAAACUGUAAUCCAUGGUUCGGUUUUAACGACAUGAAGGCAGUGUUAUGGCAAUGCAGUGUGUGGGAUCUCUCUUAGAUUGGAAAGGAUGUGUGACUAAUGAGACUGUAGUGUUACAGAAAGCAGGCUCCUGCCACUUGGAGUUCACCUCCACCAUACACAUGGUUUUCAUUCAGCUUCUCUGUCUCUGCUUUGAGUCUGAUGUAAAGCAUUGGAGUAAUUUCUGGGACUCAUGGUAAAAAUCCGAAUUGCAUCCUCUUUAUGAAAUGAUACAGUAAAGUAGGGUUCCCCAACUGGCGGCCCGCGGGCCAAAACCAUGUGUAUGGUGGACCCCAAGUCUUCUGAGCAAAAAAAUAAAAACAGUAUACACUACCGGUCAUAAGUUUUAGGACACCUACUCAUUCAAGGGUUUUUCUUUAUUUCUACUAUUUUCUACAUUGUAGAAUAAUAGUGAAGACAUCAAAACUAUGAAAUAACACAUGGAGUCAUGAAUUAACCAAAAAAGUGUUAAACAAAUCAAAAUAUAUUUUAUAUUUGAGAUUCUUCAAAUAGCCACCCUUUGCCUUGAUGACAGCUUUGCACACUCUUGACAUUCUCUCAACCAGCUUCAUGAGGUAGUCACCUGGAAUGCAUUUCAAUGUGCCUUCUUAAAAGUUAAUUUGUAGAAUUUAUUUCCUUAAUGCGUUUGAGCCAAUCAGUUGUGUUGUGACAAGGUAGGGGGGGUAUACAGAAGCUAGCCCUAUUUGGUAAAAUACCAAGUCCAUAUUAUGACAAGAACAGCUCAAAUAAGCAAAGAGAAACGACAGUCCAUCAUUACUUUAAGACAUGAAGGUCAGUCAAUACAGAACAUUUCAAGAACUUUGAACAUUUCUUCAAGUGCAGUCGCAAAAACCAUCAAGCGCUAUGAUGAAACUUGCUCUCAUGAGGAGCGCCACAGGAAUGGAAGACACAGAGUUACUUCUGCUGCAGAGGAUAAGUUCAUUAGUUUUCCAGCCUCAGAAAUUGCAGCCCAAAUAAAUGCUUCACAGAGUUCAAGUAACAGACACAUCUCAACAUCAACUGUUCAGAGGAGACUGUGUGAAUCAGGCCUUCAUGGUCGAAUUGCUGCAAAGAAACCACUACUAAAGGACACCAAUAAGAAGAAGAGACCUGCUUGGGCCAAGAAACACGAGCAAGUUGGGAAGAGAUCUUUGACGUACCGAUCCCAUGGCAUAAUGUUUAUGAACUGACACGCAAAACGACACCGGAUUCAAAAAUUAGAAUCUUUCAAUUUAAAUUAUUAUAUAAAAUUCUUGCUACCAAUAGAAUGUUAUUUAUAUGGGGGAUACAAUCUUCCCAGCUCUGCAGAUUUUGCUGUGAAGAGAUAGAAUCAUUAGAUCAUUUGUUUUGGUUCUGUCCAUUUGUAGCUUGUUUUUGGACACAGGUCCAGGAAUGGCUAAAGGAUUGCAAUAUUUACCUGGAACUAACCUUGCAGAUAGCAUUACUGGGUGAUCUGAAAAGUCAUAGUCAAUCAAUCAAUAAUAUAAUAAUACUUUUAGCAAAAAUAUUUAUUUUUAAUUCACAAUCUGUAGAAGCAAUGAGAAUAGAAAGGUUCAGAACUUUUGUAAAACAUCACAGUACGGUUGAAAUAUAUAUGGCAAAUAGAAAUCCUAUAUGGAUGGGGUUAAGAGAUAGAUGGGAGGUAUUGAAUAGAGUUGAAGGAUGGGACUAAUAACAAAUAACAACAAAUAAUAACAAAGAUAGCUAAUAAUGUAAGCAUACUGUGUCCAUAAUAAGUAUAUAGGUUGUAUGUUGGGAGCUUUUGGGAAAGAGCACAGUUAGAAAGAUAUGGCAUUUAGAAGCAAACCGGAUGGACAUCAUGAAAAUGAUCGGAGAGGUUGAGAGUAGAAGAAGUUCAGGAGCAAAAAAAUAAAUAAAUAUAUAUAUAUAUAUAGAAUUAUUGUAAAAUUAACUCUGUCCAUAAGGUGUAGAUAGUAAGUAUAGACCGGAAGUAGAGGCCUGGGCGUUGUUGUUCACUAAUUUACUCCAAGUAGGGAAAGGAUGGUGGGGUUGAAAAGUAAUAAAGGGGAAUAUUUAAAAAAAAAAGAAACACGAGCAAUGGACAUUAGACCGGUGGAAAUUGUCCUUUUGGAGUCCAAAUUUGAGAUUUUUUGUUCCAUUUUUUGUUUUUGGGUGAACGGAUGAUGUCCGCAUGUGUAAUUCCCACCGUAAAGCAUAGACGAGGAGGUGUUGCGGUGUGGGGGGUGCUUUGCUGGUGACACUGUCUGUGAUUUAUUUAGAAUUCAAGGCACACUUAACAAGCAUGGCUACCACAGCAUUCUGCAGCGACACGCCAUCCCAUCUGGUUUGGGCUUAGUGGGACUAUAAUUUGCUUUUCAACAGGACAAUGACCCAACACACCUCCGGGCUGUGUAAGGGCUAUUUUACCAAGAAGGAGAGUGAUGGAGUGCUGCAUCAGAUGACCUGGCCUCCACAAUCCCCCGACCUCAACCAAAUUGAGAUGGUUUGAUGGAUGUGUAUUUUUGUUAUGAGGACAGUCUAGCCUCGCCUUACGCAUCACUUCUUUAUCCUUUGUGAUUGGUCGGUUGUGAUGAGGGUGAGAUGCUUGUUAGCAGAGGAAGAGAGAGCCAGCAUUGCAGUGUCUGAUUUUGUACAGCCUGACUGUCCAGUGCUGAGCAGACCUGGGUUGAAAUACUAUUCAGAAUCAUUUCAAAUCCUUUAUUUGUGCUUGAUUGAGCUUGCCUGGGUUAAUGGGCCAAUAAAAUAGUCCCAAAACUGUAAACCCUGCCCAUCUGUCACUCCAGGCAGGCUAGACCAAACGCUCAAAUUAUAUGAAAUAAUUCAAAUAGUAUUUGAACCCAGGUAAGGUGCUGAGACAGAGUAGCUAUAUGGAAUGCUUCUUGAUAGGGAUUAAAAUAUCUUAGUCUUGUGACGUUCAGCUUCCUGAGGUAUUGUUUUUUUCAGAGCCGCUGGAGCAGAACACAGUCAGCUCCUCUUCUGCUUGGAUGAGCUGAAACAACGCAGAAUUUCAUUAUUACAUUAUGUGGAGUUGUACAGUGGUACCUCAAACUGUGAUCGAGCUAAAGCAUGUUUGUGUGCAGUGAGAGCAUCUUGGUGAAGGAAUUUUGAAAUUAUUUUUAAAAUAGUGUGUGGAUGAAGAUAUGUUCAGCACUAACCUUAAGACUUUAGGUUCUUUACUAUCAAUGGAAUGGAACACCUCAGACAUCUGCCAGCCAAAUGCUACACACACACACUCUGUUAGAUUGAAAUGGGAACCCACCACCUAUGAUUUACAGACCACCUCCGACCUUUAAACAAGGGUAUCACAUACACAGAUGGUUAUCUGCUUCCAGGAGGAAGUCAUGUGUCAGGGAGAUUGUUACUUUGUUCUGUUGCUCUCCCAGGUAGCAUUCAUCACUACUGAAGGCAAGAUCCAUCACCUCUCCUUAUGUCUGCGUCCCAAAUGGCACCCUAUUCCCUGUAUAUUCCACUGCUUUUGACCAGGACCCAUAGGGCUCUGGUCAAACGGAGUGCACUAUAUAUGGAAUAGGGUGCCAUUUGGGACGCAGACGUUUGCAUGUCUGGAUUGAAGCUUUUUCAAAUGUACUGUGUUACGUAGUGGAAACUUGACUUCUCUUUUAUCAGAACGAUGCAUGUUGUAGCUCCUCUGGCACUAAAUAAUUAUAUUUGUGGGGUCAGAUACUGAUCUUCUGUAGAUGCCAUACAGUGGGGAGAACAAGUAUUUGAUACACUGCCGAUUUUGCAGGUUUUCCUACUUACAAAGCAUGUAGAGGUCUGUAAUUUUUAUCAUAGGUACACUUCAACUGUGAGAGACGGAAUCUAAAACAAAAAUCCAGAAAAUCACAUUGUAUGAUUUUUAAGUAAUUAAUUUGUAUUUUAUUGCAUGACAUAAGUAUUUGAUCACCUACAAACCAGUAUGAAUUCCGGCUCUCACAGACCUGUUAGUUUUUCUUUAAGAAGCCCUCCUGAUCUCCACUCAUUAACUGUAUUAACUGCACCUGUUUGAACUCGUUACCUGUAUAAAAGACACCUGUCCACACACUCAAUCAAACAGACUCCAACCUCUCCACAAUGGCCAAGACCAGAGAGCUGUGUAAGGACAUCAGGGAUAAAAUUGUAGACCUGCACAAGGCUGGGAUGGGCUACAGGACAAUAGGCAAGCAGCUUGGUGAGAAGGCAACAACUGUUGGCGCAAUUAUUAGAAAAUGGAAGAAGUUCAUGAUGACGGUCAAUCACCCUCGGUCUGGGGCUCCAUGCAAGAUCUCACCUCGUGGGGCAUCAAUGAUCAUGAGGAAGGUGAGGGAUCAGCCCAGAACUAAACGGCAGGACCUGGUCAAUGACCUGAAGAGAGCUGGGACCACAGUCUCAAAGAACACCAUUAGUAACACACUACGCCGUCAUGGAUUAAAAUCCUGCAGCGCACGCAAGGUCCCCCUGCUCAAGCCAGCGCAUGUCCAGGCGCGUCCGAAGUUUGCCAUUGACCAUCUGGAUGAUCCAGAGGUGGAAUGGGAGAAGGUAAUGUGGUCUGAUGAGACAAAAAUAGAGCUUUUUGGUCUAAACUCCACUCGCCGUGUUUGGAGGAAGAAGAAGGACGAGUACAACCCCAAGAACACCAUCCCAACCAUGAAGCAUGGAGGUGGAAACAUCAUUAUUUGGGGAUGCUUUUCUGCAAAGGGGACAGGAUGACUGCACCGUAUUGAGGGGAGGAUGGAUGGGGCCAUGUAUCGCGAGAUCUUGGCCAACAACCUCCUUCCCUCAGUAAGAGCAUUGAAGACGGGUCGUGGCUGGGUCUUCCAGCAUGACAACGACCCAAAACACACAGCCAGGGCAACUAAGGAGUGGCUCUGUAAGAAGCAUCUCAAGGUCCUGGAGUGGCCUAGCCAGUCUCCAGACCUGAACCCAAUAGAAAAUCUUUGGAGGGAGCUGAAAGUCUGUAUUGCCCAGCGACAGCCCCGAAACCUGAAGGAUCUGGAGAAGGUCUGUAUGGAGGAGUGGGCCAAAAUCCCUGCUACAGUGUGUGCAAACCGGGUCAAGACCUACAGGAAACGUAUGAUCUCUGUAAUUGCAAACAAAGGUUUCUGUACCAAAUAUUAAGUUCUGCUUUUCUGAUGCAUCAAAUACUUAUGUCAUGCAAAAAAAUGCAAAUUAAUUACUUAAAAAUCAUGCAAAGUGAUUUUCUGGAUUUUUGUUUUAGAUUCCGUCUCUCACAGUUGAAGUGUACCUAUGAUAAAAAUUACAGACCUCUACAUGCUUUGUAAGUAGGAAAACCUGCAACAUCGGCAGUGCUAUUUGGGACUCCAGUGUUUUAUCCCAAUGCAGAUUAUCCUGUAGCUUCUGGAAAGAGUUAGGGUUGUAAUUACUAUUUGUCUCUGGCCUUGGCCCUGGGGAGCUACAGUCUAUUCUAGGUUUCAUUGGACAGGUAUGUUUGUGUUGUCUACUUUACUCUGUCUGCACUAAUCCACUCUGCUCUCUAGUACUCUAUUGAUAUUCAAUGAAAAAUAACAAAUGCUCUACUACCAGAUCAAAGUUGGAGAAGAUUGAUGUGUAAAUAUAUGUGUGCCAUAUUCCCUUCAUAGUGCAAUGACGAUAGUUUAGGAUUUUUAAAAAACAUUGCAGCUAAAAGCUGAAGCGUCAGCAGCACACCUCGCUGUCCCCUCACAUCCUUUGGCUCUGGUCUUUGAAAUGGUUAGAACUCCUCUUAUCUCAACAGAGGACGCCACCUCGCUGGGAGCCCAAAUCUCUCUCAAUGAACUCAAAAGGGAAUGGGAUAGCAUGAAUAAAGGCAAAUCACCUGGAUGGGACAGUUUUUCCUCCUGAGGUCUAUUAACAUUUUGGAAUCAGUUAGGUCCACUAUUGCUCGAAAUGAUUAAUACAGCCGUUCACAAAGGUUCAUUUGGGGGAGAUGUGAAUACAGCACAAAUUUUGCUUCUAUAAAAAAAAGGUCAGAAUGCCACCAAGUGUUCUCACAAUCACCCCCCAUCUUUGAUAAACACGGAUGUUAAACUUUUUUCCAAAAAGUUUUCGUCCAGUCUCGAGACUUGAGACACACGGACCAAGGCGGGUUUGUUAAAAAAUAUUCAUCAUCGGAUAAUCUCCGACUAUUACAAAUCUGAAAUGCUUCAUUAGAAACAAUAGCUCCUUGGGUCGUUUUAUCUCUCGAUGCAGUAAAAGCUUUUGAUAGACUAGAAUGGUGAUACAGUGAGGGGAAAAAAGUAUUUGAUCCCCUGCUGAUUUUGUACGUUUGCCCACUGACAAAGACAUGAUCAGUCUAUAAUUUUAAUGGUAGGUUUAUUUGAACAGUGAGAGACAGAAUAACAAAAAAAAUAAUCCAGAAAAACGCAUGUCAAAAAUGUAAUGAAUUGAUUUGCAUUUUAAUGAGGGAAAUAAGUAUUUGACCCCUCUGCAAAACAUGACUUAGUACUUGGUGGCAAAACCCUUGUUGGCAAUCACAGAGGACAGAUGUUUCUUGUAGUUGGCCACCAGGUUUGCACACAUCUCAGGAGGGAUUUUGUCCCACUCCUCUUUGCAGAUCUUCUCCAAGUCAUUAAGGUUUCGAGCCUGACGUUUGGCAACUCGAACCUUCAGCUCCCUCCACAGAUUUUCUAUGGGAUUAAGGUCUGGAGACUGGCUAGGCCACUCCAGGAACUUAAAAAAAUUAAUUUAAAAAAUAUGCCAUUUAGCAGACGCUUUUAUCCAAAGCGACUCACAGUCAUGCGUGCAUACAUUAUUAUUAUUAUUUUUUGUGUAUGGGUGGUCCCGGGGAUCGAACCCACUACCUUGGCGUUACAAGCGCCGUGCUCUACCAGCUGAGCUACAGAGGACCAGACCUUAAUGUGCUUCUUCUUGAGCCACUUCUUUGUUGCCCUGGCUGUGUGUUUUGGGUCAUUGUCAUGCUGGAAUACCCAUCCACGACCCAUUUUCAAUGCCCUGGCUGAGGGAAGGAGGUUCUCACUCAAGAUUUGACGGUACAUGGCCCCGUCCAUCGUCCCUUUGAUACGGUGAAGUUGUCCUGUCCCCUUAGCAGAAAAACACCCCCAAAGCAUAAUGUUUCCACCUCCAUGUUUGACGGUGGGGAUGGUGUUCUUGGGGUCAUAGGCAGCAUUCCUCCUCCUCCAAACACGGCGAGUUGAGUUGAUGCCAAAGAGCUCCAUUUUGGUCUCAUCUGACCACAACACUUUCACCCAGUUCUCCUCUGAAUCAUUCAGAUGUUCAUUGACAAACUUCAGACUGGCCUGUAUACAGUGGGGAAAAAAGUAUUUAGUCAGCCACCAAUUGUGCAAGUUCUCCCACUUAAAAAGAUGAGAGAGGCCUGUAAUUUUCAUCAUAGGUACACGUCAACUAUGACAGACAAAUUGAGAAUUUUUUUUCCAGAAAAUCACAUUGUAGGAUUUUUUAUGAAUUUAUUUGCAAAUUAUGGUGAAAAAUAAGUAUUUGGUCACCUACAAACAAGCAAGGUUUCUGGCUCUCACAGACCUGUAACUUCUUCUAUAAGAGGCUCCUCUGUCCUCCACUCGUUACCUGUAUUAAUGGCACCUGUUUGAACUUGUUAUCAGUAUAAAAGACACCUGUCCACAACCUCAAACAGUCACACUCCAAACUCCACUAUGGCCAAGACCAAAGAGCUGUCAAAGGACACCAGAAACAAAAUUGUAGACCUGCACCAGGCUGGGAAGACUGAAUCUGCAAUAUGUAAGCAGCUUGGUUUGAAGAAAUCAACUGUGGGACAAAUUAUUAGGAAAUGGAAGACAUACAAGACCACUGAUAAUCUCCCUCGAUCUGGGGCUCCACGCAAGAUCUCACCCCGUGGGGUCAAAAUGAUCACAAGAACGGUGAGCAAAAAUCCCAGAACCACACGGGGGGACCUAGUGAAUGACCUGCAGAGAGCUGGGACCAAAGUAACAAAGCCUACCAUCAGUAACACACUACGCCGCCAGGGACUCAAAUCCUGCAGGGCCAGACGUGUCCCCCUGCUUAAGCCAGUACAUGUCCAGGCCCGUCUGAAGUUUGCUAGAUGGCAUUUGGAUGAUCCAGAAGAGGAUUGGGAGAAUGUCAUAUGGUCAGAUGAAACCAAAAUAUAACUUUUGGUAAAAACUCAACUCGUCGUGUUUGGAGGACAACGAAUGCUGAGUUGCAUCCAAAGAACACCAUACCUACUGUGAAGCAUGGGGGUGGAAACAUCAUGCUUUGGGGCUGUUUUUCUGUAAAGGGACCAGGACGACUGAUCCGUGUAAAGGAAAGAAUGAAUGGGGCCAUGUAUCGUGAGAUUUUGAGUGAAAACCUCCUUCCAUCAGCAAGGGCAUUGAAGAUGAAACGUGGCUGGGUCUUUCAGCAUGACAAUGAUCCCAAACACACCGCCCGGGCAACGAAGGAGUGGCUUCGUAAGAAGCAUUUCAAGGUCCUGGAGUGGCCUAGCCAGUCUCCAGAUCUCAACCCCAUAGAAAAUCUUUGGAGGGAGUUGAAAGUCCGUGUUGCCCAGCGACAGCCCCAAAACAUCACUGCUCUAGAGGAGAUCUGCAUAGAGGAAUGGGCCAAAAUACCAGCAACAGGACAAUGACCCUAAGCACACAGCCAAGAUAACGCAGGAGUGGCUUCGGGACAAGUCUCUGAAUGUCCUUGAGUGGCCCAGCCAGAGCCCGGACUUGAACCCGAUCUAACAUCUCUGGAGAGACCUGAAAAUAGCUGUGCAGCGACCCUCCCCAUCCAACCUGACAGAGCUUGAGAGGAUCUGCAUAGAGGAAUGGAAGAAACUCCCCAAAUACAGGUGUGCCAAGCUUGUAGCGUCAUACCCAAGAAAACUUGAGGCUGUAAUCACUGCCUAAGGUGCUUCAACAAAGUACUGAGUAAAAGGGUCUGAAUUUUUGUGAAAACCUUGUGAAGACUUACAGAAAACGUUUGACCUGUGUCAUUGCCAACAAAGGGUAUAUAACAAAGUAUUGAGAAACUUUUGUUAUUGACCAAAUACUUAUUUUCCACCAUAAUUUCCAAAUAAAUUCAUUAAAAAUCCUACAAUGUGAUUUUCUGAACGUCAUAGUUGACGUGUACCUAUGAUGAAAAUUACAGGCCUCUCUCAUCUUUUAAGUGGGAGAACUUGCACAAUUGGUGGCUGACUAAAUACUUUUUUUCCCCACUGUAUGUGCUUUCUUGAGCAGGGGGACCUUGCGGACGCUGCAGGGUUUCAGUCCUUCACGGCGUAGUGUGUUACCAAUUGUUUCCUUGGUGACUAUGGUCCCAGCUGCCUUGAGAUCAUUGACAAGAUCCUCCCGUGUAGUUCUGGGCUGAGUCCUCACCGUUCUCAUGAUCAUUGCCGAGGGAGAUUGACAGUUCUUUUUGUGUUUCUUCCAUUUUGCGAAUAAUCGCACCAACUAUUGUCACCUUCUCACCAAGCUGCUUGGCGAUGGUCUUGUAGCCCAUUCCAGCCUUGUGUAGGUCUACAAUCUUGUCCCUGACAUCCAUGGAGAGCUCUUUGGUCUUGGCCAUGGUGGAGAGUUUGGAAUCUGAUUGAUUGCUUCUGUGGACAGGUGUCUUUUAUACAGGUAACAAGCUGAGAUUAGGAGCACUCCCUUUAAGAGUGUGCUCCUAAUCUCAGCUCGUUACCUGUAUAAAAGACACCUGGGAGCAAGAAAUCUUUCUGAUUGAGAGGGGGUCAAAUACUUAUUUCCCUCAUUAAAAUGCAAAUCAAUUUAUAACAUUUUUGAAAUGCGUUUUUCUGGAUUUUUUUGUUGUUAUUCUGUGUCUCACUGUUCAAAUAAACCUACCAUUAAAAUUAUAGACUGAUCAUUUCUUUGUCAGUGGGCAAAUGUACAAAAUCAGCAGGGGAUCAAAUACUUUUUUCCCUCACUGUAGCAAGAGGGUGGAAAAAGUAGAUCCUAUGUAACUAAAGUCUGGGCACCCCUGAUCUAGACAAUGUAUCUCAAUCGCAUUGAAGAUCAUAGAUAAAUUCAGCGCCAUCUCAAAUUAUAAAAUGAAUCAGCCCUACUACUGCCUCUUAAGAUCCCAAUGGAGGACUCCAUCUCUACUUAUGGAUUCCCAAUUUUUUCCCAUUUUAGAUAUUUGGGAGUAGAUACAUUUAAUUCCUUAGAUAAAACCAUUGCCAGAAACUUUAACAGAACACUCAAAUCAAUGUAAUCCGACUAACAUCCCAGUUGCUUUAACCGGCAGAAUAUCCAUUGUUAAAAUGAAUAUAUUGCCACAGCUGAAUUUCUGUAGUUCAAUGCUUCCCAUGGUUCCCCCUUCUGGCUAGUGGCAUAACAUUGAUAGUGAAGUUUAAAAAAUGUAAAUGGCAAGAUAAGCCAUCCCGGAUAAAAUGUACAAACUUACAAAGAGGGAAAGACGUAGGAGGACUAUCCGUACCAAACUUUAAAAUGUAUUUCCAGGCACUAGCAUUUCGCUAGCAUUUCGCCCCAUCCUAAAUUGGUUUAGACAUGGUUAUUCUGCCCCCUGGCUGAAUAUAGAGAGAUGGUGUAUCGUAUUACCCUGGAAGAGACUGUCUUUACUGAUAUACGCCUUAAACAAUGCAAACUACGCUUUGGUCGAAGGAAUUGUCCGUAGAGCUCCGAGACAGAAUUGUGUCGGCACAGAUCUGGGGAAGGGUACCAAAACAUUUCUGCCACAUUGAAGGUCCCCAAGAACACAGUGGCCUCCAUCAUUCUUAAGUGGAAUAAGUUUAGAACCACCAAGACUCUUCCUAGAGCUGGCCUUUAUGACAGCCCGCUUGGGGUUUGCCAAAAGGCACCUAAAGGACUCUCAGACCAUGAGAAACGUCUGAAUAAAACCUGGUACCAUCCCUACGGUGAAGCAUGGUGGUGGCAGCAUCAUGCUGUGGGGAUGUUUUUCAAUGGCAGGGACUGGGAGACUAGUCAGGAUCAAGGGAAAGAUGAAUGGAGCAAAGUACAUAGAGAUCCUUGAUGAAAACCUGCUCCAGAGCACUCAGGCUGGGGCAAAUGUUCACCUUCCAACAGGACAAUGACCCUAAGCACACAGCCAAGAUAACGCAGGAGUGGCUUCGGGACAAGUCUCUGAAUGUCCUUGAGUGGCCCAGCCAGAGCCCGGACUUGAACCCGAUCUAACAUCUCUGGAGAGACCUGAAAAUAGCUGUGCAGCGACCCUCCCCAUCCAACCUGACAGAGCUUGAGAGGAUCUGCAUAGAGGAAUGGAAGAAACUCCCCAAAUACAGGUGUGCCAAGCUUGUAGCGUCAUACCCAAGAAAACUUGAGGCUGUAAUCACUGCCUAAGGUGCUUCAACAAAGUACUGAGUAAAAGGGUCUGAAUUUUUAUGUAAAUAUGAUAUUAAAUUUUUUUUUUUUUUUUUAUACAUUUGCAAAAAUUUCUAAAAACCAGUUUUUGCUUUGUCAUUAUGGGGGAUUGUGUGUAGAUUGAUGAGGGGAAAAAAAAACUAUUUCAUCAAUUUUAGAAUGAGGCUGUAACGUAACAAAAUGUGGGGUCUGAAUACUUUCCAAAUGCAAUGUAUACUGAACACCUUGUGCUGGGGACAGUGAAAGGCCACUCUAAAAUGUGCACUUCUGUCACACAUUACAAUGCCACAAUGCUGACUGCAGGAAUCUCCACCAGAGCUGUUGCCAGAGAAUGUAAUGUUCAUUUCUCUACCAAUGGCUGCUUCCAACGUCAUUUUUUAGAAUUUGGCAGUACGUCCAACCGGCCUCACAACCGCAGACCACAUGUAACCACACCAGCCCAGGACCUCCACAUCCGACUUCUUCACCUGCGGGAUUGUCUGAGAACAGCCACCCGGACAACUGUGGGUUUGCACAACUGAAGAGUUUCUGCACAAACUGUCAGAAACCGUCACAGGGAAGCUCAUCUGCGUGCUCAUCGUCCUCACCAGGGUCUUGAACUGACUGCAGUUUGGCGUCAUAACUGACUUCAGUGGGCAAAUGCUCACCUUCGAUGGCCACUGGCACGCUGGAGAAGUGUGCUCUUCACGGAUGAAUCCCAGUUUCAACUGUACUGGGAAGAUUGCAUACGUGUGGGCGAGCGGUUUGCUGAUGUCAACGUUGUGAACCGAGCGCCCCAUGGUGGCGGUGGGGUUAUGUUAUGGGCAUGCAUAAGCUACGGACAGCGAACACAAUUUAAUUUUAUCAAUGGCAAUUUGAAUGCACAGCGAUACCGUGACGAGAUCCUGAGGCCAAUUGUCGUGCCAUUCAUCCGCCGCCAUCACCUCAUGUUUCAGCAUGAUCAUGAAGGGUCCCAUGUCGCAAGGUUCUGUACACAAUUCCUGGAAGCUGAACAUUUCCUUGUUCUUCCAUGGCCUGCAUACUCACCAGACAUGUCAUCCAUUGAGCAUGUUUGGGAUGCUCUGGAUCGACAUGUACGACCGCGUGUUCCAGUUUCUGCCAAUAUCCAGCAACUUCGCACAGCCAUUGAAGAGGAGUGGGACAACAUUCCACUAGCCACAAUCAACAGCCUGAUCAACUCUAUGCGAAGGAGAUGUUGCGCUGCAUGAGGCAAAUGGUGGUCACACCAGAUACUGACUGGUUUUGUGAUCCAUGCCCCAAUUAUUAUUUUUAUUUUUUAUGUUGCAUGUUGCGUUUUAUACUUUUGUUCAGUGUGGUAUAUAUAAAUAUGGUGCCAUUUGGGAUGCGGACAAUAAGUAAUUGGGCGGUGUUGCAAUACUAUUAAUAUGGCAUAAUUACAGACUCUCCUGAAACCUAUAUAAAUAAAUAAAAAUGUCAUGUGUGCUUUGGCAGUGAAAAAGUACUGUAGUUGUAAUUGUCUAUAUUCUACGGUUGACAGUGCAGUUGUCCAUCUCAAACCAGUCAUGCUGCCUGACAGUGACAGUAAGUGGCCUUUUUCUUCCCGGCAGGCACUGUUGUUGUCAUGCUCCAGGGCCAUGUUCUUAGUGAGGGGAUGCUCCUCUGAAGACAAGGAAUGUCCACCAGCAUGGAGGCAGGCGUCUGACAUGCCACGUGUCCAUGUAGCGCCUCUCUCCCCAGCCUCCCAGUCCUUUUAAUGGCCUGCCAAGGGUAGAACUCAUUCUCCUAAAGAAUUCUAGUAUUACAUAAUUACGAGCCAGUAGGAAAAUAUAGGGGGAACAGCAUGCGAGGGAGGCUCCAUGUGAACGCUGUGAAAGGUAUGCUGCCAGAAACCUGAUGGUGGUUGAAACUGCUCGCCUAUUGAAAGCAGAUGUGGACCACUUCUAGGCUACUCCUACACGUCUCCACCCUGACUCACCGCUCAGCUCACUCCUCUGACCAGUUAGAGAAGCGGCCAUAUUUCUUCUGCUGCUGGUUUCAUUCAAAUGUUACAUUGGUUUUAAUGGCGUACAUUGUCCAUAUUGGCUACUUCUUUUGAAGGCCUUUUUCCGCAGAGAGUGGUCUCAUCCAUCCACUGGCCAUUGUUAGGAACGGUAGUUAAAUACUGAUGAUUAUUGUCUUUUGCAUGUGUAAUUCAUAGCAGCCUUUUGGCAUUCUGGCUUGACAGUGGCUGCGAAGCCAGGAAAAAUACAAUGUUGAUGAGAUGAAGACAUCAGGUUGUUUGAAUGGUGAAACAGCAGUCUUCAUUGUUUCCCCUCCAAUGGAAUGUUAGCUCAGGAUUAAACAUUAACAUCUUGUCCCUAAAUCAUGUUGGAUUCUCACCAUCAUGUGGAUAGUGGCUUUUCACAGCACUGUGAGAAUCAACUUAUGAAUCACUCAACAUCAUCAAAUGUGGAGUUAUCAGUUUGUUUUUCUGUCUGAGUUAAGACAUAACAGGGAUGCAUCUCAAAUUGCACCCUAUUCCCUAUAAAUCGAAUCAAAUUUCAUUUGUCACAUGCGCCAAAUACAACAGGUGUAGACCUUACAGUGAAAUGCUUACUUACAAGCCCUUAACCAACAAUGCAGUUUUAAUAAAAAAGUGUUAAGUAAAAAAUAGAUAAGUAAAAAAUAAAAAUAGUUAAAGAGCAGCAGUAAAAUAACAGUAGCGAGGCUAUAUACAGGGGGUACCGGUACAGAGUCAACGUGCAAUUUAAGUUUCCCUGCAUUAAAGUCCCCGGCCACUAGGAGCGCCACCUCUGGAUGAGCGUUUUCCUGUUUGCUUAUGGCCUUAUACAGCUCAUUGAGUGCGGUCUUAGUGCCAGCAUCGGUUUGUGGUGGUAAAUAGACAGAUACGAAAAAUAUAAAUGAAAACUCUCUUGGUAAAUAGUGUGGUCUACAGCUUAUCAUGGUGUACUCUACCUCAGGCGAGCAAAACCUUGAGACUUCCUUAAUAUUAGAUUUUGUGCACCAGCUGUUGUUUACAAAUAUACACAGACCGCCACUCCUUGUCUUACCGGAGGCAGCUGUUCUAUCUUGCUGAUGUAGCGUAUAUCCCGCCAGCUGUAUGUGAUCCAUGUCGUCAAUCAGCCACGACUCGGUGAAACAUAAGAUUUUACAGUUUUUACUGUCCCGUUGGUAGGAUAUCCUUGUUCUUAGGUCGUCUAUUUUGUUAUCCAAUGAUUGUACGUUGGCUAAUAGGACUGAUGGUAGAGGCAGAUUACCUACUCGCCGUCGGAUUCUUACAAGGCACCCCGACCUAUGUCCCGGAUAUCUCCAUCUCUUUUUCAUGCGAAUGACGGGGAUUUGGGCCUUGUCGGGUGUCUGAAGAAAUUUCUUCACUUCCGACUGUAUAAAGAAAAAAACUUUGUCCAGUAUGAGGUGAGUAAUCGCUGUCCUGAUAUCCAGAAGCUCUUUUCGGUGGCAGAAACAUGAUGUACAAAAUAAGUUACAAAUACGUGAAUAAACACACACAAUAGCACAAUUGGUUAGGAGGCCAUAAAACGGCAGCCAUCUCCUCCGGCGCCAUUUCCAGUGUUAUUUCUUUAGAACAGAGACCUAUGGGCCCUGGUCAAAAGUAGUGAAAAGUAGUGCACUAUAACGGGAAAAGUCUGCCAUUUGGGACACUAACCUAUUCUGACCCCAUCCAGCGGUAGCGAUCACAACUUUGUGUGAUGUAUGCUAUGAUGCAGGUGGGAAUACAUUCAUAGGUUCUGAUGUACGUCCAUUGAGCAUUAGCCAGACAAUUAUUCUAGAGUCUCUGUGAAAGGCCAACUCCAGCUGUAAUCCACUGCAGGUGUCUUCCAGAAUACAAAGUUGAAAAGUAAUUAUCUGUACAAGACCUUAGAAUUACUGGGGAAAAUAAACCAUAGGUCUAUUUCUUUGGGAAUGAAAAAGACAAGGGCUUCGUCCCAAAUGGAACCCUAUUUCCUAUAUAUUGCUCUACUUUUUACUAGGACUUUGGUCAAAAUUAGUGGAUUAAAUAGGAAAUAAGGUGUCAUUUGAGAUGCACAUAAGAAAACAUCAGGUACAUUUAUUGAUUUGGAGCAGCGACUUGUCUAAAGACACAAGGGAUCAAAUUGUCCUUUUUAUAGUUGCUUCACAUGGAAACGGUGGCAGUGGAAAUCGCUCUGCUUACAUGAUUAAAAUAAACUUUAGCUUCCCUUUGAUCAUUUUCCUCUCUUCAUUAUGAGGGGAUUUCGUUGUAAAGGCCGCUUUUAUCCCAGAAGUAUUAGCCUUGUUAUGGCAAGUAGUACUCUUGAUGUGGUGAUACAUUGGGUGCCAGUAGCGUGACUAGAGAGAAUAUUCCUCGCUUUGUUCCUCAUAUGCCUCUCUCCCUGUAUACUUGUCUUCUUCUUCCAUUCUUGGGUAUUUUGAUGCUCUUCAGAAACUAGGUUUUAUGUCCAGGGUGGAUCAGCAGUCAGGCCUCUCCUCGCUGCCAGUGCAUUGAUCCAUAGUCCUGUCACAACCUUUGUUUUGAUGCCGUAAAUGGUACUUGUGUCUGUUUUCUGGUUUGUAGAAACUUGACUCGGUGUGUAAACAACCCAUUGUUUCUGCUAUACUCAACACUCAUUUGGGAUGUUUGAGGCCGAGAGCUUGACCACAAUGUUUUAGGAACGAGAAGUCUGAAGUCUGCUUGAAAUUUCUGUGGCACUGAGCGUCAUGCAGCUGAGUUUUCAAGGAAAUGCCAGUGUCUGUUUGAUUUAAUAACGACUUUAAACCUAAUACUGCUAUUUUUGGCCAAGCCUGAGGAGGACCGGGUAAAGCAGAUGUAAUAUUUGACUGAAACUGAGAGGCUAGUUUGACAGACUGGAAUGUGAGUGGUCGAUUACAGAGAGAAGCUGGACUUUCACGCUUUUCUACGUCGCCUAUGACUUUUGGGUUCCAUAUGGAAUCAAUCUAUUGUGUACUAGCUGUCGAGCCAUAUUAAUUUGUAUGUUCAAUCUGAAAUGCAUACCAGCUGCAGUGGUUAACAAUUAUAGUUUAUUUUGUUUUGCUGUUAAUUCAAAGCCAGUUGAAUGUGCAAGGGCUUGUAUUGGUUUGCAGAAUGUAAUAUUUCUGCAUGUUUGGGUUUACCAAGGUUCUCCUCCGAAAUACAAUAUUUGACAAAGUCUCAGGGGUUCAAGGGGAGCAUGGUUGGCAUGCCACCAGUGGAAACACAGAGUGAGAGAGAAAGAGAUGGCCCAUCCGCUGUCCUUAUUAGCUGUGGUCUCUGCCUGCAGAUUUGUGAUGCCUCAAAGACUUCAGAGAAAAGAAGCUGUAGAGCAAUUUAGGGAAGUCGACUAGAACUGAAAUGAAUCAGAGAAAGGUGGGAAGCUCCUCCAGAUAGAUGGGGAAUGUGAGCAGUGUUUCACACAGCUUCUGUACCUGUUCAUCUCUGCUAUAUCAUGUGCCCUUUCAGCACCUGUACUCCACUCUUCAUGUGGUGUUAUUAGUGAUGGCUACUGACCUGGGCCAUGUAGAAAAAAGCAGUGAGAGAAUGGAAACGUCAGAAAGGACUAAGAACUUGAGUAAUACAAUAUGCACUGAGGAAAGGGAGGAAGUUGGGGAAAUUAGGUUUAGUUGGAAAAGAGAAGACCGGGAUAAUUAAACAGGCUACUUGUGGUAGGAAUGUAUUUUUUGUAUUCUGGGAAGUAGGAAACACUGAGGGUAAUCAGUAGCUUUCCAGUUCACUUGCUAAUUGUUGAUAUCAAUGUUUAUCAUUAGUAUUUUUGUAAAUAUCCUAUUGUUUACUCUGUCCAUUUGUUUUUACGUCUAAUUAAGUUUAAUUAGUCUAUGGGCCACAGAUUCAGUCAGUUUCACACACCCAGGGAGUUCCUGUGCUCUGACUCCAAUUGUAUUGAGAAGAUAAAUGAAAAUGGUGGAUGUGAACACAUACUAGGCAUGGGGAUUGUCACGGAGUUGGUGUCAGUCAGUGGCCUAAAAUUCGGACCUGCUCAUUAAAAAAACAGUCAUUUCUUAUGGAAACCGUUAUGUUUAUGAGAAGCACACCGUUAGGAUUUGUUUCAACCAUGACCAUUAACAACUGAUGCCCUAUUAUGUUUUGUAUAGUUAAAAUCCACUGAAACACAUCUAUCUAUUCCCAGGUCAGAGGACACCCUGAGCCCCAGGUCACGUGGUCCAGGAAUGGGAAAGUAGUGAUAGCUGGAGAGCGCUUCGCCAUGGAACAAAGUAGCCGUGGAACCUUCAGCCUGGUGGUCCAUGGUGUCCAGGAGGAGGAUGCAGGGCGUUACACAUGUGAGGCAGUCAACGAUGCCGGAAGUCGCCAGGUCACAGUGGAGAUCACUGUAGAAGGUACAGCAGCUCCUAAAUUUGUGUUCCAAAUGGCGCCCUAGGCUGCCGUUUGGGACACAACCUUACCCUCUCCAUCAGCCAACCAGAUAGAUAAUGGAAUGGUCUGUUGACAAAUGUUUGGGCAGGGUCCACUGGCUUUGCUUUGUAGCUCAUUUAAAAUGUAGCAUAGAAAGCAGACUUCUAAGUAACCCUGAGAAAUGCACGGCCUCAAUACCUCAUGUGAAAUUAAACCAAGACUGCGGCAAGUAUUUUAAACACCAGCACAUUUAUUCUACUCCAUAACAUAUAAGACGUCCUUUAAUACAUUAUUAUACAUGGGCUUUUAUACUGUGCCCAAGUUAUGUUUUAACUCAAUGUAAUGAUAGGAAUAAGGUUGAAUAUGGAUCAUCUUCAAAAGGACCACUUUGUUUUGACUUAUUGCAGAUAAUGUCCUUUUCUAAUUCACUGUUCAGAAGGAACUCAUUAGAGUAACCGAUACAAAGUCAACAGAGGCUUCGUCCCAAAUGGCCCCCUAUUCCCUAUAUAGUUCACUACUUUUGACCAGAGCCCCAUAGACCCUGGUCAAAAGAAGUGCAGUAAAUGGGGAAUAGGGGGCCAUUUGGGAUUUAUACUGUCCACAUGGAAUUGUUCCUUUCUGUUAGCAUAAGUGGUGUUAGCUUUUACAUUUUUACAUUUUAGUAAUUUAGCAGACGCUCUUAUCCAGAGUGACUUACAGGAGCAAUUAGGGUUAAGUGCCUUGUUCAAGGGCACAUCGACAGAUUUUUCACCUAGUCGGCUCAGGGAUUAGAACCAGCGACCUUUUCGGUUACUGGCACAACGCUCUUAACCACUAAGCUACCUGCCGCACACUUUGAUUUUCUAAUUCCUUGGUGUAUACAUGCCAGCUGUGCCUUUCCAUUUCUGAUAGUUACACUGCAGAUACUUAGGUUACAUUAUGAAUGAUAGAGGGGGGCUGGCGCCUACUGCUUUCCAGGGAGAAGUAUGUAAACAUUCGGACAUCCUCCACAUUUGUUCAGCUUUCCAAGAUCAUAAACAGCUAUUUAGGCACCUCGGGCUCACUAAACAUUAACAUAUGGAGCAUGCCCUCUGUAACAAGUAGCAGUACAAACAUAUUUUACAAGGCAUUGGACUGAGAUAUGAAGCAUUCUGCAACACUGCACAGUGCACAUUCAUUUACAUUUCGUGGUGCUGGAAUUGCACCAGCGAUAUAUUCUAUGGCUGUCUCUCCAAUGGCACCCUAUUCCCUACAUAGUGCACUACUUUGGGCCAGGGCCCUGGGCACUACAUAGGGAAUAGGGUGCCAUUUGAGACGCAUACUUUGUUUUUUAUUAAUUAUCUGAGACAUGUUUUCUAUCUCUCAGGGAACACAGGGAAUAAAUACAGCCUCCCCUCCUCCAGUAGAACGGGGUAAGAUGUAUUUGGUUGUGUCCCAAAUGGCACUCUAUUCCCUACAAAGUGCGGUACUUUUGACCAAAGCCCUAUGGGCCCUGGUCAAUAGUAGGGCAUUAUAUAAGGAAUAUGGUGCCGUUUGGGACACAGUCCUUCUUUCCACAUGGUGGUAUGAUUUCUCUUUUUUAAAUCAACCUUCCUAUCCUGUUUCAUCUGUAAAACCGGAAUCUUUGAUGUUCCAUGAUCAUUUUAAUCUUGUAUUUUUAUAUUUAGAAUAAUGUAGAUAUGUUUUAUGUUGGUGUUAAAUAUAGCCAGUCAGUCAUAUUGCUAUAUUAAGUCAUUAUUCAAAUGUAAUUUGUUUGUUCAAGUGAUGUUCUUGAGCAGACACAUCUUUGGAUGCUAAGGUAAUGAGUCAUUGUGUUUUCUCUGACUCCAGCGGUCGGUUUGGAGUUCCAGCAGUGGAGAGCAGGCCCAGUAUCUGGGGGGUGAGCCCCCCCAAGUUUGUGACAAAGCCCUCACGUAUCUUUGUCCGAAUGGGACAGACUGGCAAAUUCUUGGCCAAAAUCACAGGACGUCCACAGCCCUUGGUUACCUGGCUCAAAGUGAGAUGGAACAGAGAAAGUUUGGCAACUUCAGUAACUUUCCCCAAAUUCCAAAGUUUUCCAGAAAUCCCAGUUGUAAUAAUCUUUGAAUUCGUAGGGAAUAAGCAUGAAAUCCGACCAGUAUUAUAGAAACCUGAGAAUUUAGGGAAAGUAACUGGAAUUUUGCAACUCUAGAUGGAAUAGGGAAGACGUAUUCUGUCUUUCAAAGAUGGAGGAUGGUGAUUCUUCAUUUGUGAAUCUCUGACUUCCAUCUCUCUCUCUUGCUCUAUCUCCCUUUCUUCUACUCUCUCUUUUUCUCUGUGAUGGAUGGUUGUCACAGGGAGAUGAAGAGCUCCAUGCUUCUCCCCACUUCAACAUGUAUGAAAAGUCUGGAAUCCACUUUCUGGAGAUCCGAGAUGUGUGUGUGGACGAUGCAGGAAUGUACACCUGCUCUGUGGCCAACAGUGCUGGGAAGGCCACGGCUACAGCAGAGCUGAUCGUUCAGGGUAGGACACUGCAGCCAAUCACACAGCCUGUUAUUCAGCCAUCAGCCGUCAACCCACAGGCAGUGUCCCAAAAAUCCAUUUUGUAGUGCACUUCUUUUGACUUGGGCCCACUAAAUGGGGAAUAGGGUGCCGUUUAACAUCACAGUAAAUCAUCAGCAAUGCCAGUUCUGAAUACAGAGUUAUAUUUCGUAAAUGUUGAUUCGUAUUUGAGAGGGGAAAUUCAGUGUGUAUCCUUUCCUUUUUAGGUUCAGGCAGUGAGCCGGGCAUGUGAGUAUGUAUCUCAUACAGUACCCUGUAUAGUGAUAUUACUAACUGUGUGUUUACAUGAGUAAGCAUUUUCGUGAGUUGGAUACAUUUCUACAAAAUAUUUCCACAAUUUCUUCACAGUGAGGUAUUCAAUCUUUUGACAAUGUCACGUGUUACUACCACUACAGCCUAGGUCCAUCUGCUCUGGUAGCACCUGUCCCAAAGACAACUGACUCACCUGAAGUCAAGCCCACAAGUAACGGCCUGCUCGCAGACAAACGAUCACCUACCAAGACAGGAGACAGGGCUGAGACCAGACUCACUGCUCUCACCAGGGAGACCAAAGACAGCAUAGAGACCAAAACUCCAGCAUGGAAGACCAGCGCAGAAUCUCCCAAGACCACCGUCGUGACUUCUCCCAAGCCUCCUGCGGACCUGCCAGACAAGGCCCCCAGACAGCCUGGCGUCUCUCCCCUCAAGGUUGCCAGCUCCACCACCACCCGGCAGCACCACCUGAGAGGCCAAGGGGCUGCAAGGACCAGCCCACCCCCCCAAAGCAGAGCCCCUGAGAGGGAUACAAGAGAUACUGUGAAGACCCCCCCAAAGGGAGUCCCAGACCCAUCUCCAGAGCCCACCAGAGAGACCAGAAGGCAGGCCAGAGAGAGCAGGUCAGAGAGGGCAGCAGUGACUGCAGGAGCUCAACCCAAAUUUGACUCUGUACCUCAGAGCCAGGAUGCUACGGAGGGGACCCAAGUCAUAUUCAAAUGCCAAGGUGAUUCAAAACAUCUUGCGAUGCCAUGUUUCAGAUGUUUUUUGAUAUAAAUUAUAUAUUUAAUCAGAGAAAAUAGUACAAGACCUUCCCAACACAUUCCCAACUUUAGAUGUUUUUGACCAAACUUGAAUAGGCCAUUUGGACAAUGUUCGCUAAUAGCUACUUUAUUGUUGCAUAUUUAACCCAUUAGAUUGACUGUUGAUGUGUUCUUCCAGUCUCAGGUUCUCCUGUGCCUGGCCUGAGCUGGGUUAAAGAUGGCCUCCCUUUGAGACCCAGAGCAGGCCUGACCUUCCAGCAGGACGGCAACACACACAUCGUCACUCUGACCAACGUCCAGAAGAGGGACAGUGGGACUUAUGGAUGCACCAUGACCACAAGCACUGGGAAGGUGUCUUCUACUUGGACCCUCAGUGUCAACAGUAAGUACUUAGGAUACAUCCCAAAUUGCACCCUAUUCCCUAUAAAGUACACUACUUUUGACCAGAGCCCUAUGGGCCCUGGUUAAAAGUAAGGCACUGUAUAGAAAAUAGGGUGCCAUUUGAGACACACCCUAAGUUUACUGUACAGACUGUGACAAGUCUGUACAGUAAAUGUUGCUUUAAUAGGGUGAACUAAGGCCCUUGUUGUGUAGAAUAUUCAUUACAUGACUCCUUUUCAGUGAACAGUUUCAGUGAGCACAGUUUCUAGUCUCCAGCUCUGCCUUUGGGUAAAAAAUUAUCUAAUUCCUUUCCCCUGGCUGUCUCAAUCAAAACAGGAUAAUGAUGAAGGAAGGAAUAAGGGAGCACAUCGACGUUAAGUCCAUUCCUCAGCUACAAUGCUGACUUGGGCUGAGUUCAUCCAAAACGAGACUGUUGCAUUUGGAAACGAGACUGUUGCAUUUUUAAAGGAGACUGUUGCAUGUCCUUCUAAGCCAUCUGCUGUCGGUGACAAAACAAAAGUUGCUUGUUUAUUUAAUGAUAAUCAAAGUGAAACUAUUUUAAUGGAGGAUUUGGAGAGGUUUUGAUAUCUUGUCUAGUUGUUUUUGUUUGGACUAAACAGACUGGCACCCGUCUACAGUGAUUCAAUUUGCAGCAAAAGGGGAGAGUCUGGCAGUUUUAUCACGUUUAUUUUCUAUAAUACAGAACAGUGCCAAACACUAUGCAGAUUCAGUUUGUUUUGCUUGAGACGAGCAGUCUAUAUUUGUUGGGAGUGAGUGUCCUUUAGGAAUGACUGCAACUGUUCUUGUCUACCUAUGCCAUCUACUGGAAAGAAGGAAAAUUGCAUCUUGUCAGAUACCAAGUCUGCGUCCCAAUUUCCCAAGUGUGCGCUUGCACACUCCCCGUCAUCGAUAUAAAAGCUUUGGAUUGGUGUAAGCAUUGGUUGAAGGGCAUUUCCAGCAUUGUUAAAUCCAUGAUGGGAGUGUGCAAGUGCAGAAUCAGGAUGCACCCCCACUUUGCUAAUACCACAUUUGUUACUCUUAGACUGACCAGUACCACACAUUCCCUCAUUUUAAAUGUACUGCAAGGCUCCAAUGCAAUGUAAUAUACUGUAAAUGUUAGUACUCUGUCUGUGUACUCCCUCCCCUGCAGACUCACGGCUGGAGGGCAAGCCCCCGGCGUUCAGCACAGUCCUGAAGGGAUGUUCAGUGAGUGAGGGCCAGGACUUCCUUCUGCAGUGCUCA